AUGGGAGAAGAUUGGGGCACCUGGAUACCACAUCUGAAAUUUGGAUGGCAAUCACCAAAUUUGAACCCCUUUGAUGUAGGGAAGCAAGAUGGUAUGUCUGCAGCCAUGAACCCGGGCGUAAAUAUGGUCUCUACGAAUGAGACAAUACCUGCUUUUGCGUCCUCUGCAAUACCUCAUUUGCAGUUAGGACGUUCCAGCGAACCGGGUCCUUGGUGUUAUUGUUUGCCUUCUUUUUCACAAGAAUUUACCCCUGCUCCGAACAUCACUGCUGAGGGAAAAACCCCUGCUGACCAUGUGAAAGGUUUUGGGAACAAGAUUGCUCCAUUUGGUCAAUCUAGCUCCCAACACAAACAAUUUCUUGUCAUUGACCAGACUGCUGGUCAAACAACUGUUGUUUAUAGAUCAAGGCUUGGGAGUCCCUGUGACUGCCUUGCUUCUUGGCAUUCAAAGCUACAUGGUGCUAACUUUUGGAGGGGGGAUGAACCUUCUUUUAGAAGAGAUUUGAAUUUGAAUCAUAUGACUGAACCAACUUUGGCUGACAAGGUUCUUGAGAAUCAUGAAACCAGCAUUGAAAGCGAGAUGCAUGAAGACACAGAAGAAAUUAAUGCAUUGCUUUACUCAGACAGUGAUGACUAUUCUACCCAGGAUGAUGAUGAUGAAGAUGAUGAAGUUACAAGCACUGGACACUCUCCCAGUACAAUGACCACUCAUGAUAACUGCAAAACCUCUGGGGUUGAAACUGCAGAAGAAGUUGCGAGCUCUGCCGGGAAAACCAAGAAGAGGAAGGUAUUGGAUGGUUAUUAUGAUGACAUACAGCUCAUUGAUACUGCCAGUUCUCAGAAUAGGAACGAAUCUUCUGCCACAGAUGAUGACUUGGAAUCAAGAUGUUCUAGUAACAACAAUGGUGGAUCCUUGUCUGGCAAUAAGAAGAUGAAAAAGCAGAAGAUUCAAGGUGUUCUGAGCAUUCUGCGAACCAUAAUUCCUGGAGGGAUAGAUAAGGACCCGGUCAUGGUACUCGAUGAUGCAAUACGCAGCUUGAAAUCAUUGAAGCAUAAGGCUCAAGCGCUCGGACUUGAUGCCUUGUAA